AUGCUACUGUGUUUCUUAACAGAGGUAAAUCAUCUAGUCAUAUAAUUAGAAAAUGUAUUUUAUAACAAAGGAGAAAAUGAAAAAGCACUCCAAGACUACAACAUGGCCAUCCAAUUAAAUCCAAAUGGUCAUCAAAUUAAAUCUAAAUUAUGCUACUGCGUAUUACAACAGAGGUAAAUCAUCUAGUCAUAUAAUUAGGAGUUCUAUUUGAUAAAACAGGAGAAAAUGAAAAAGCACUCCAAGACUACAACAUGGCCAUCCAAUUAAAUCCAAAUUAUGCUACUGCGUAUAUAUACAGAGGUAAAUCAUCUAGUCAUAUAAUUAGGAAAUGUAUUUGAUAACAAAGGAGAAUAUGAAAAAGCACUCCAAGACUACUAAAAGGCUGUCAAAUUAUAACCAGAUAAUCCACUUUUUGUAACAAACUUAGGAAGUCUCUAUUUCAAAUAAAAAUAAUUUUCUUAAGCAAAUAUUUAUUUUACGAAAACACAAGAAUCAUUAGAUUCGAUUAAUCCACAAUAGAUAUUGAAAUGGAAUCUAUCUAAUUCAAAUCUUUCAUUUAUUUAAAUAAAACUUAAUCUACUUAGAGAAAUUUAAAAUUUGAUAUAAACAACAGAUGUUUAAAUUAAUUAUUUAUCUUAAUAAUUAUAAAGAUAGAAAUCUAUUUAAUUAGAGGAAUAAGCCUAGAAACUAAUUAAUGAAUUUACAUAACAAAUUCCGCCAUUAGAUCCUUAAUUUAAUGCAAAUCAAUAAACAAACUACCUUUAGAUUAUGGAACAAUUUGAAAAAAGGUUGAAUGAUUUUUAAAACCAAAUAACUACGCUCUCAAUAAAUGUCAAUUCACUUUUAGAAUAAGAUAAUUAUAAGGUUUCUGAAUCUCUAAAACAAUUAAAUAAAAAAGAAAAUAAGAACUAAUUGAUGUAUUAUAAUGCUUUAGCUUGGAGAUUAUUUAAUUAUUUAUCUGCAAUGUAAUAGAUUUCCACUAAUCUAUUUUAAGUUAAUAAAAAUGCAAUAAUCGAAAGUAAGUCUGAAUAAACUUUAAAUGUUUUUCAAAAGAUGUUAAAUAUAGGAUCCUAGAUCUUUGGAGGAUUACCUAUUGUUGGGAACGCUUUUAACAUAAUUAAUGCUGCUCUCGAUUUUGGAUUUGAAUAUCAUAAAGAGCAUAAAUUUACUACCAGAUUAAGAAAAC